GUGACUUCCUUUCCGAUCUACGCUUCAACAUGGACGCCAGCCGCGUGCAGCCCAUCAAGCUCGCCAGAGUGACCAGGGUUCUGGGCAGAACCGGUUCCCAGGGACAGUGUACACAGGUCCGUGUGGAGUUCAUGGAUGACAGUAACCGCACCAUCAUCAGGAACGUGAAGGGCCCCGUGAGAGAGGGAGACGUGCUCACCCUGCUGGAGUCUGAGAGAGAGGCCAGGAGGCUGCGAUAGUUUCCUGAAGCUGUGGGGUGCCAGUUCAAUGCCAUGGAGCAUCUCAUUUGUUAACAUGUUUUGGAAAUAAAUGUGGUUGUAAAACAA